AUGCAUAUGGAUUGCCCGUACAAUCAGACGCUGGAUCAACGACUAGAUUACUCAAAGAACAGAAUCGAUGAUGAAACUUUUUUGCAUUUCCAUGGUUAUUUGAUGGGCUCAUUUGCGAUUCUCGCCUUUGCUUUCACGUUGAUUUUUAUUGCCACAACAUUUCGAGCCAUGCGUCUUCAUCGUGGCUCUCGAAAAUACCGUGCCCUUUUGUUAAAUCGAGCAAUUGGCGAUUUAAUCGGUGCCGCUUCAGUCACCACUUCAGCCAUUCUCACCAUUAUCUCACCGUCUGCAAACCGUGAUGCCGUUGCUCUGAUCGGAUGCUUUUUCUAUUCAACUUUUUGGAGUGCCUUUAUCUCGUACACGAGUCUCUCGUUGCUUAAACUCUACGCUGUGUUGCGACCUUUCUCAUAUCGUAAAGUGUUCACUUUCCGUAAAUGCAUCUACAUUAUUGCUGCUUAAUUUCGAUACUUCUUCUCGACAUUCACUUGUUUUGACUACACUUUUACUAUCGUCAUUUUCAUCGUCACUGUGAUCGUUUUAAAGAAAGUUGAGAUGAAUGAGAAAAAUGCAAUGAAUAAUACUCGAGGAGAGUCUUGUAGAUCAGAUCGAGGCACGAGAUUUGGAAAAACAGGAUGGAAUGGCUCUCAGUGUGUGUCGUCCGGUCUUCUGAACCUGAAUUGCGGAAACGCUGGCUGGCUUCCCACUGAUCCAUGCACUACGGAUGUUUUCGCAUUGCCCGGCUCAAAUGCCAUUGUUGCCUCAACUCUCGGAACAGCCGCAAACACCACACAACUCAUCAAUGCACUUCUUGCCCUAACCAUUCCGCUCACCACCAACGGGGUUAUCGUCUAUUGGGAUAACGCUAACUCGUUGUUAUGGCCUGGCGUGGAAACAAUUCUUUCAAGCGCCUUUGCCUCCACAUCGCCUUAUUCAGGAUACAAUCUGGUUCUUACCGGCCACUCAAUCGGUGCAGCGGUUGCCGUGCUUAUGGCGGGAGAGGCGGCCCAGGCAAGCUGGCUUCCAUCAACUGCCCAAGUGUCGUCGAUCACUUUCGGUGAACCCCGAAUCGGCAACUAUGCUUUUCUCGACUCGAACUUUGCUGCGGCUAGUGCGCCAAAUCAUUUGCGAAUCAUCAAUCAAAACGACGUGAUCACUACUCUUCCCGUCGAACUUGGCGUCUUCCACACCAAGUAUCCGGUUCAAUACAAGAAUGGAAUGAAUUCAACAUUCCUCGGCACUCAAACCAUCUGCAAUACUUAUGAGGCUUCGAAUUGUGCGGCAAACGCGUUGGGCGGAAUCCCGAUCCUUGCUCCCGACUAUCACAACACAUAUUUCGGCAUUCCCGACUCCUAUCCAACCUGGCGUGUCACCAAUUGCUCAUAUGCGGGAAUU